CACAAUAUAAAGCAGUUAAUGAUGGUCUGAUACAAAAAGGUUUUAAUGUAUUCAAGAUUUAAACACUUUACACUAUCAACAGAAAUACAGGCAAAGUACCUCAAGCUGUUGAAGAUGAAGCUUCCCACUCCAAUUCACAAAUGGAAUCUUCCUAAUUUGCCCACCAAUACUGAAUUCUGGUUGAAGCGUGAUGAUCUUUCGGGAAUGCAACUGAGUGGUAACAAAGUCAGAAAAUUGGAAUUCUUGAUGGCGGAUACCGUAGCAAAGGGUGCUGAUUGUAUCAUAACGAUAGGGGGCAUCCAAAGUAGCCACUGUCGUGCAACUGCAGUGGCUGCCAAGUAUCUCAAUCUUGACUGUUAUCUCAUUCUACGUACCUCUAAGGUUCUCGUGGACCACGAUCCUGGACUGACAGGCAAUCUCCUUGUUGAACGUCUAGUUGGAGCUCAUGUUGAACUAAUUUCAAAAGAAGAGUAUGCAAAAUUCGGCAGUGGGGCUCUUACUAAUCUCUUAAAGGAAAGACUGCUAAAAGAAGGAAGAAGGCCAUAUGUUAUUCCUGUUGGUGGAUCAAACUCCCUAGGAACCUGGGGGUAUAUUGAAGCAAUUUGAGAGAUUGAGGAGCAGCUUCAGAGUGGGACCGACAAAGUAAAGUUUGAUGAUAUUGUUGUUGCUUGUGGCAGGUGCUUUUCCAAGAAUCUGUUCCCCGGAGCGAUGGUAUCGGGAAAAUGUUCUAGUGUUUCAAGAAAGCAAAGAAAAGAGUCCAGUGCUCUAUUAAUAGAGAUGAGAUCAAAAUCCCCAAUCAGUGUAUACUGUACUGAACGAUGCAUAAGAAACGAUCUCAUAUCAAAUAAGAUAAUUACAGGAGGUUUGUAUUUCGUUGUGCUUUAAUGGUGUAAGGUUUGUGAAAAUGGAUGUAUAAUUGUUGUUUCUUUUCUGAGU